CAAUAAAAAGAGUCUUCCCUACACAACAAUCCAUCGUUCUCUCAGUUCAGCAUGGUAUAGCAGAAAAUACUGACCUUGCAUUUAUUUGGGUAACUACCCGCAUCCGGUCCUUUCAUCUGCAACCGUUUCCGACGCUUCCGCUCUAUCCGCACGCCCAGGCACUGCCCCAUCACGCCACCAUGUUCAACUGGGCCAAGCAGCAGAUGGCGUAUGUCGCCGGCACCCAGGAGCCGAUCUACGGCCCGUCUGCCAUUAAGUCUGUGGCGCUGGAGGCUGAGAAGACGCCAUUUACCGAGCUCCAACGCGAUGAUCUAGCAUGGCGGGCGAUGGAAUCAACUUCCGUCGAGACGCAGAUCUUCUACGUGACCAGCAAAAGUGGCCAUAUCGCCUUUGUCGAGAUCAUCUAUAGCAACGUAGCCGGCCUCCGCACUACCUGCCAGUUCAUCUGCAAGAUAUUCUACCCCGGCCAAUCUCAGCCCCAUCUCUGGUCCUCAACUCCCCUCAGCAACAUUGAGGUUAGCGAGGACAGAACCUGCUUCUAUGCGGAUGACUGCGCUGUAGAGUUAUCUGACGACGGUUCUUUCUAUACUAUUAAGAGUAUAAAUGACGAGAAUGCCAUCGUGAACCUCAAGGUAUCUCGUGUCGCCCCCGGCUUUUAUGCAGGGUCUUCAGGUACCAGCCACUUCGGUACCGACCUGGAGAACCCUUGGGGAUGUAUGCGACACACGUUUUGGCCGCGUUGCGUUGGGGAGGGCACAAUCUCUACUCAAGACGGCCUUCUCGAUUUCGACAAGGGCGAAGCUGUCUUCAUUCACGCACUCCAGGGCAUGAAGCCACACCAUGCGGCUGCGACAUGGAAUUUUGUCAACUUCCAGGGCCCCCAAUAUUCGGCCGUCAUGAUGGAGUUUACCACACCGCCAUCCUAUGGUUCAACUGUGGUGAAUGUAGGCUGCAUUGCCAAGAACGACGAGAUCGUUAUCGCCGGCUGCAAAAAUACCGCGACCCACACCGCUACCGUGGAAGACCCUGUCAACGGCUGGCCCGAACCUACAGAGGUCCGGUAUACUUGGUCUGGAGCUGGCAAGGAUGGCGAAGCUAUUGAAGCCACGAUUGAGGGUCCUCUUGGUGAGCGAGCCGAUUGUGUUGAUAUUAUGGCUGAAGUGCCGGGCUUUAUCAAAACAAUCAUUGCUGGGGCUGCUGGUACCAAACCGUACCUCUAUCAGUUUCGUCCCAACCUCACCCUAAAGUUGAAGAUCGGCGACCAAGAAAUCAUCGAGGAGGGUACUUUGUACACAGAGGCCACUUUCAUCACAGACCUAGGUGGCAGUGAAUAGGUCCGAUGAUUUUUCGAGGGGCGCUAUUACAUCGUAUUAAUCAACCAAAGGUCAGCACGCCAUUGCCAGUCGUCUGGAUUGGAGGGCUUUGUCUCAAUAUGUUUUAUUCUCCAUGGCAUUUCUAAAGAUAGCCCUGUUCCCUAUUUUUCCGCAAAAGAGAACUAGCUGGGCUGGGUCGAUCGAAAGCCAUUCAUUUCAUUUUAAUUAAGUAGACGUUUAAGUUAGCAUAAUAUACUCUCUAAUUCUCAAA